AUUUACAAUGCUACACAAAUAAAUAUAUUAUAGUUAUCAAUAAACUCUCUAAUUUGGCGUCUUGUUUCUCCCUUACCAUUUGAGAACUCAAUUUUUCUCCAAGAGAAAAACAAGAAUUCCAAGGAGAGAUAAUUAAGUUAUGGGUAUGUCACCAUUAACGGUGAAGAAACUUGGUUUCAUCUUCAUGAUUGUUUCAGCUUCUGCUCUUUCUGUCUCCUUUGCAGGCCGACCAUCGAUUUUUGUUCAUAAAAAAAUAAAUCUUCGCGAAGAGAUGGUGGAAAGAAGCAUGCAUGAGCAUGAGAGGCUUCUAAGAAUGAACACAAAGGAUUAUGGGAACAACAGUCCGUCACCUAGACUUGAGAGACCUCCUUUCAAGCUUAUACCCAAUUGAUGACAUUAGAAUUGGUUCUAAUCCAUCCUUAAAUAAUAUAUACAUAUAUAGGUAGAAUUAGUUUCAGUGACUAUAUAGUUCCAUCGAAAUUUGGAGAUGUAAUAUAAAUAAAGGUAAGAAGCUAGCUUGAGCUAUGCUAUACUCUUAUAUUUGGUGUGCUGCAUAGAUUUUGGCAUUUUGCCAUACAUCCAUGGCAUCACAAUCAUGUGUCUUUGUUUUUGGUUUUCAAAUAUAUAUUUAUGUUGCAUGCAAUAUUAUUUAUAUGUA